UUUUCUUUCUCAGAGCGUGUUAGGCAACAUGAAAGAAACUUUAGUAAACUCGCUGGUCCACCACAGUGCACGAGGCUAUGUGCCACGUUCUCAAACUGCUACGAGUGAGGAAUGGGCUGCUUCUGGUUUCACAAGGACAGGAAUCGGCAUUCAUUGAAAACUGAGGAUGAAGCAGAGUUGGUCCUGAAAUCCUUGGAACUGAUGAGAAGUUCUCAAAAGGUGUCCGUUUUUCCAGGCCUCCGAUGGAUCCACGCACCAACGUCAACUCGUCCGCUUCACAGACACACACUUUCAAUACCGCUGGCAGGAAGAAAUCCAUUACCUCUUUGGGAAGGUGGUGGGAAGAACACGAUGAGAAGAUCCUGCGAGUCAUUUGCAAAGUGGGAGCCGCUCUAUGUGCUGAUUGAGAAGGGGACAUUCAAAGGAACGCCGCUGCCACUUCCUCCCCCACCAAAGGAAUUGGAAGAUGACUGCCUGGUGCCUCCUCUAGUGCCAAGAACGAACGUUUCUUCGCUGCCGAUUUCACCAGACAUAUGGGGAGUGAAGUUGAAGUGCUUCAGAUUUGAGGAGCUCUAUUCGGCCUGCCAGGAAUUCUCUUCCGGGUGCUGCAUCAGGGAAGGCGUCUUUGGGAAAGUGUACAAGUGCCUCAUGCACAUUCGGGAUGGUCAACACAUUGGAAAGAGGAAGAUUGAAGUUGCAGUGUUCAGGCUCCGUGACAGUAUUCAGGACCUCGAAACUUGGAUCACCAAGGUGAAAUGGAUUGCACGGAUGCAAAAUCCCAACGUUUGCAAACUGAUCGGGUUCUGUGCGUCGGCACAGCACAAAGACCGGCAGCUGGAGAGGCUUUUGGUGUUCGAGCACUGUGACUAUGGAGGCCUGAACGUCCUGCUCUCGAAGAGCCAGUAUAUACGUCCUCUUUACUGGUCGACGAGAGUAAAUAUCGCUCUUGGUGCGGCCAGAGGUCUCGCUUAUUUACACGAAAGAGCUUACUUUCAGGUUGUUUACACAGACCUUACUCCUGCGAGUGUGUUGAUUGACAAGGAUUUCAAUGCCAAACUUUCGGACUACGGUCUGGGCUUGGAUAGGCCAAAGGCCUUGGACUCUUCUAAAUGGGACGAGUGCAUCAAAAGGGAUGUUGCCGACUUCGGCUUGGUGCUGCUAGAGCUGCUCGUUGGAAGCAAGAAUAUGAAGAGGCUGCUUGCAAGGAACGAUGGCUCCACAAGAUGGAUUCCCAGGCUGUUGCGUGAGGAGAGUAAGCUACAAGAGAUGGUGGACUCGGAACUGAGGAGUGAGCCAGAGCUGCUACCCUCGAUGAGAAGGCUGGCUGCUGUGGCACUCAAGUGCUUAAGGAAGGAAUCUCAUCUCAGACCGGGUAUGGACCAGGUGGUGGCGCUGUUGGAACCUUUACAAAGCUUGGAAGGAAGAGUAAACACAUGGGAAAGACAUUUGAAUAAAUAAAUACUUUAUAUUUUAUUUUAAA